UGAUAAGUAUGAGCACAGACAGCAGAGGUGAGCUGCUGGAGAUGGUACGGUCCAUCGUGCCUCCGCUCACUUACGACAGUCACAAGGGGCAGGCUGGCAGAGUGGGGGUGGUGGGGGGCUGUCAGGAGUACACUGGUGCUCCUUACUUUGCUGGGAUUGCUGCACUGAAGUCUGGAGCAGACCUGUCCCAUAUCUUCUGUACCAGUGAUGCUGCAACUGUCAUCAAGUCCUACAGUCCUGAGCUGAUCGUACAUCCACUUUUAGACAAGCAGACUGCCGUAGCUGAGAUCUCUACCUGGAUGGAGAGACUGCACAGUCUGGUGGUGGGGCCUGGCAUGGGGAGGGAGCAAAACAUCAUGGACAAUGUCAAGGGAGUCAUUGCAAAAGCUCGACAGCUGUCCAUUCCUGUGGUCAUUGAUGCAGAUGGUCUGUGGCUGGUGACGAUCAGUCCUGAAGUCAUCACAGGGUACAGCAAGGCCAUCCUCACCCCCAACAUUGUGGAGUUCAACAGGCUAUUCCAGGCUAUGCUUGGGAAGCAGCCAGAGAAAAACUCCUCCACAGAAAAUGUGAAGCAGCUGAGCCAGGCUAUGGGAAACCUGACCAUCGUGCAGAAGGGCCAGACUGAUGUUAUAUCUAACGGGGACAAAGUUCUUGUAGCUGAAGCAGUGGGCAGCCCUUGCAGAGCAGGGGGACAGGGGGACAUCCUAUCUGGAGCCAUGGGGGUGUUCGCCUUCUGGGGGCAAGAUGCUGUGAGAAGAGGAGUGGACAACCAGAUGUUGAGGGAAUACGGCCCCAGUAUAGCAGCAGCGUACGGUGCCAGCACCAUGACCAAGACAUGCAGCAGAUCAGCCUUCUCCAAGUGGGGUCGCUCCAUGGGCGCGUCAGACCUCAUCCCGGAGAUUCAUCCCGUCUUCGAGGAGUUGUUUGAGACGUCUGGAACUGGAACUCCCAUACAGAGACUGUAACGGAUGUAAGGAACUAUCUGCUACUCAAGUUCAAGUUCGUUGCGUUAUGUGACAUUGUUCCUUGUUCCUUUAUCUAAUCUCUUUGGCCUCGGCCAUUUUCCAAGAGUUUUUCAAACUUCCAUCGUAAAUUCUUGAACUAAUUUAAAUGUAAUAUCCAACACAAAA